AUGUCUAUCUCGCAUGCUCCAAGUUCCAAUUCAUUUUGGCCAUAUGUUGUCAUCUUUCUCUCCUUGUCUUUCGUCUCGUUUUCCUUUCACCCUUCAUCUGCGGCUACUUUCACCUUACAGAACCACACUGACCGGCAGGCCCUUCUAUCCUUCAAGUCCCUAUUGUCAGAUCCCAUGGGAAACUUGGCCUCAUGGAAUAAUGAAUCCCUUCAUUUCUGUGAUUGGUCGGGUAUCACUUGUGGUGGCCGACGGCACCCACUACGAGUCACCGCCCUAGAUCUCGACUCCCAGGGACUCGCUGGUUCUGUAUCACCCUCCUUUGCCAACCUCACCUUCCUUAGACGAAUCAACCUCUCAAACAACCAACUCCAUGGACGAAUCCCGCAAGAGCUCAGCCUUCUUCCCCGACUUCAAUACCUCGACGUCAGCACAAAUUCACUUGUAGGAGAGAUUCCAUCCAAUUUCACUCGCUGCACCAACCUCAAGAGCCUCAGCCUAAGGAACAACAUGCUUGAAGGAGAGAUACCCCGGGAGUUCGGCUCCCAUAGCAAGCUCCAAAUACUGAGCGCCACUGGUAACAAUCUCACGGGUGGCAUCCCACCUCUGCUGGGAAGCAGCCUCUCCCUCACUUACGUUGAUCUGGGAAGCAAUGGUCUUACAGGAAGUAUCCCUCCUUUUCUUGCAAAUUGCUCGUCCCUUGUUUCUAUCGAUCUUUCACAGAACGGUCUCACCGGAAAAAUCCCGCAUUCACUUUUUAACACAUCGUCCCUCCAAACCAUCAAUCUUUUUAAAAACGAACUGACGGGUGGAAUACCAUCUUUCUCAAGGAUCCGCGCUUCUCCCCUCGUCCUUCUUGCUUUGUCAAUGAACUCACUUUCAGGAAGCAUCCCACCAUCAUUGGGAAACCUGUCCUCCCUCCUUUACCUUGCCCUUUCUGACAACUACUUGGAGGGAAGUAUUCCAGAAAGCUUAAGUAAGAUUCUGGGCCUGAAAGUGCUCGACCUAUCCAUAAACAACUUGUCCGGAAGAAUGCCGCCACCUCUUUACAAUCUCUCAUCACUAGCUUAUUUGGGCGUGGGUAACAACUGGCUCUUCGGGACCCUGCCACCAGACAUCGGCAUCACCCUUCCAAACCUCCAAUCUCUGGUGAUGCAAUCGAGCCUAUUUCGAGGGCAUAUUCCAGCUUCACUGUACAACGCUUCCAAGAUUCAAAUGCUCGAUCUAUCAAAGAAUUUGUUCAAAGGAUCAGUGUCUUCCAAUUUAGGAUCCUUAAAAAAUCUAGUCGAGCUAAAUCUUGGGGAGAAUCAGCUCCAAGGCAAUGUUUGGAGCUUGCUCUCUUCUUUGACCAAUUGCAGCCUUCUAGAGAGGUUGGGUUUACACGACAAUAAACUUGAAGGCACCCUCCCGGCAUCAAUAGGCAAUUUGUCUACACGGCUUGAGAGGUUAUGGAUAGGAGGAAACCAAAUAUCUCGGACCAUCCCAGUUGAGAUUGGAAAUCUGGUCAACCUUACCGUUUUGUUUAUAGAUGCAAAUCGUUUUACAGGAAGUAUCCCUCCUACCAUUGGAAGGCUUCAGAACUUAAAUCUCCUAGACAUGUCCGGAAACAAAUUUUCAGGCCCCAUCCCAUCUUCUAUAGGAAAUCUCACCCAAUUAAGUGAGCUUUACAUGGAAGAGAACGAAUUGAGCAGCAACAUCCCUACAAGCUUCGGAGAUUGUGGACAUUUGGAUAUAUUAAACCUUUCUUAUAAUGCACUUGCCGGAUCCAUACCAAAGGAACUUGUUGCUCUGUCCUCACUAACACAAGCCCUGGAUCUGUCACAUAAUAAUCUCACUGGGUCCAUUCCCAUGGAAGUGGGUAGCUUGAUCAACCUUGACUGCUUAAAUAUCUCCAAUAACCGAUUGUCAGGUGCAAUUCCCACCACUCUCGGUGCUUGUCAGCAUUUGGAAUUCCUUCACUUGGAAGGCAACUUCUUUCAAGGAAACAUUCCACAAUCCUUCGUAAGCUUGAGGGGACUCGUGGAGCUGGAUCUUUCUCGAAACAACUUGUCCGGGCGAAUUCCAGAGUUCUUUGGGUCUUUUAAUUCUUUGCAGUAUCUAAAUCUGUCAGUCAAUGACCUCGAAGGCGAAGUGCCUAAGGAUGGUGUCUUUGGCAAUUCAAGUGAAUCUUUUGUCUUUGGGAACAAGAGGCUUUGUGGAGGCGAUCCAGGGUUGCAACUACCACCUUGCUCUGUCCAAGCCUCCAAAAGAAAUUCAUGCAAGAUAAUAAUCAUAAUUAUUGCGAGUGUUGUAGCAAUCUUAUGCUUCUGUUUUCUGUUGAUUCUUUUGCAAUUGAGAAAGAGACGGGAAAAAUCUCCAUCCGUGUCCCCCAUGGAAGACAGGUACAUUACAAUAUCUUACAAUGAUAUCCUCAAAGCUACUGAUGGAUUCUCUUCAGCCAAUUUGGUGGGUACUGGAAGUGCCGGUUCUGUAUAUAAAGGGAAAUUGGAUUGUGAAGAGAAGUUCGUUGCUGUGAAGGUAUUUAACAUUCAGCAAGUUGGAGCUCUGAAGAGUUUUAAAACCGAAUGUGAAAUCAUAAGAAAUGUUCGCCAUAAUAAUCUGGUCAAAAUCAUCACUUCAUGA